CGAGAGUGUGGAUUCUCGUCAUUUGUUUUUCCUUUGUACAUUUCACCUCCUGUGGGCUUGUGGGAUCCUUCAUGGGUUUGGUUUCGCUACGCUUGACUUGUGCCAAUGCCUUCCUUCUGGCUCGAAGUUCGUUUUGGACGGCGAGUUGGGGGGUCGGGGUUGGCAGGGGAAGGGAUGAAUUUACCGGCUUGGCUGAUUACUAUUCUACUUCUUUCUUUUUGUGAUGUAGACAUCAUCUGCUGGGUAUUCAUAGCGGUUGUGCUGACAAUGUCUGGUUGCAGACCGAUUCGAUUCUUGAACAAGUCUCGAUGCUCUUGAGUGGUGUGUGUCGGAUAGUGCUUGGCGUAGAUAGCAUGGAAUAUGAUCAGCUCCUGUUGAUUUCUGCAUGAUUUGCUCACUGUCUUGGCCCUUUCAGUU